GUCCGCUCGCCUGACGCACGACCAUUGCGAACAGCAGAUAGGAACAUCAUAGUGAGACAGAAGGUACCAUCCUGGUUUGCUUGUCUCUACCAUCCUCAUCUCUACCCACCUUACCAUCAUGGGUGAGACGGAAAAGCAGCCCGAACAACCCAAGGCUGUCCAGCAGAAGAUGGUCAUCGCUAACAAAGUGACCGGAACUGUCAAGUGGUUCAAUGUCAAGAGCGGAUACGGUUUCAUUAAUAGAAACGAUACCAAGGAAGAUGUGUUCGUCCAUCAAUCGGCUAUCGUCAAAAACAACCCGAGAAAAGCUGUACGUAGCGUGGGAGAUGGCGAGGUCGUUGAGUUCGACGUCGUUAUUGGUGAGAAGGGUCACGAGGCCGCCAAUGUCACGGGACCAGCGGGCGAAGCGGUAAAAGGCUCACCCUAUGCUGCGGACAAGCGUCGCGGAUAUCGCAACGUUCACUGGGUGUAUCCGAGACGCGGCAAUGGUCGACCGCAGAAUCGUAGAUCACGCGACGGCCAGGAGGGUUACGAGCAAGGCGAAGGAAAAGGCGAUGACGCAAACGCCGAAGGAGGCGGCCAGCAACAACAGCAGCGUCGCUACAGGCUGCGUCGCCAUUAUGAUGGUUACUACCGCGGAGGACGCCGUUCCGGGCCCACAUCGGCGCAACAGCAAGGAGAUAAUGCUGGCGAAGGUGGUGAGCAAACCGAAGGAACCGGCGGCGAAGGUGGUGCUCCGCCGCGCGGUGGUGGUCGUGGACGCGGUGGUCCAUCACGACGUUACUUCCGCCGCAAUUUCCGCGGAGGAAGAGGUGGUGGUCCGCCACGACGUCCUCGCAGCCAGGAUGGCCAGGUAAGGUCGGAGCAGAAGUCUGAUGCACCUAAAGAUUCGGAUGCACCUGCCGCUGCGCCUGCUCCACAGGAGAGCCAACCGGUGCAGAACACCACCACCGAAAGCACCGCCUAACCGAGACAGAGUAACGCGCUAUUACCGCAGGACACUCCUUUUUAACAUAUAACACCAACACCCGUUAUACACUGCAGCAACAACUAAAAAAAAAUCCAAAAAAAGAAAAAAUGUAACAAAAAAAUCAACUCUCUCCACCGAAGCAAAUUAAAAUUAAGAUACAUGUGAAAAUUGAGAAGCGUACAGCCGCGCUUGACGGGCUUUUUUAGCGAGAUAGCAAAGUUUCAUCCUCUGAUAUGUAAUAAUCUAUAGGCUUGACCUUAUUUCGCUGAAAGAACUCUUUAGGAAUGGCCGCGUGCUUCUCGUUUCGGGAAUCGGACAGAAGGGUAAAGCAAUUACGGAGUACGGAGCGAUAAAUGAAUUCGAGUCGGCAAGAGAUAGAUAGAUAGAUCUAUAUAUAUAUUUUUGUUUUUGUUUUUUGUGUAUUUCUUGUUUCGUAUAUUACUUCUAAUUUUUCUCUCCGGUAAGGCGCAUUAUAAAUCGUUUUAUACAUACCCAUAGAUUUGAGUUUAUUGCUACAUUUCCAUGAGCUUUCUUCACUUUCGGCGACUUCCAUCAAAAGGAGUGAAAAAAAAACUUGAAAUACCGCUGAUAAAUGAGUCCUACUCGAGUGUUUGUCUGUCUCGAAGUCAAUCGUUUCUUUUUACAGCUUACAUUUUGAAAUUGAUGAGCUUACCGUAUUGCUUUCACUCUUUCAGUAUGAAGAAUUGGAAUUGCCGCGGUCACAUCGUAGCCCUGGGUAUUUUAAAAUUGUUAAUUGCAGACUGAUCACGCGAUAAGUAUAAAGUACAUGCAAUACAAGUUUUGAUACUCGAGGAUGAAAAUGCGGUCGCGGAUCUAAUUUUUUUAUACUUUACAGGCGAUCACAAACUAAAAAUGAUUAUUGUAAUAGCAUUUGGCCAUAUUUUUACAAUUGUUAAUAAUUGGCCCCUGGUGGGUCCCUUAUGGUAUAUUAUUAAUUAACAAUUAUUGUUUUGACUUUAUUCAUUAUUGGUUAGUCAUGGAAUUGGGCGCGAAAACUCGUGAGGUGUCACGUUGCGAGUCUUCCCGAGCUGCGAGCGGUGCACACGAAGGCACAAUGAAAGUGGUCUCGUUCUUUUUUUUUUUCCCAGUGAUGUGUAUUGCAUCCUAUAAUUCAUGUUAUCAGGCCUUUGGACCAGUCGCAAAUGAGAACGACUCCUCAGCGUGAAACCUCACAGACUUCCGUGCGUGAGUAAAUCGUCCGGUCCUUUGGAAUUGACGUCAGUCGACCGCGCACCGAGCAGGUCGUUUUUUUUUUUUUUUUUUAAAUAUUGUAUCACUGACCGCUUGUAUGCGGCAAUCGACUUGAUUUGAUUUUUCGGAACAAGAGCCGGGCGUAUCAUACAUCGGCUCAAUUGACAAAACUACGAGUAUCGUAGACUGUCAUGAGAGUACGCAAGAGAACGCAAGUUAAGGAGAGAGAAAAAACAAACUUUAUAUAAUUUUGCAUGGAACUAAUUUUUAAAAUUUUAGUUUGUAGUAUCGUCGACGGAUUAUAAAAUAAAUAUAUACAUCUACUUUCUUUAAAAAAAAAAAGAAAAAAGAAAAUGGAAAAAUUGAAAACAUCUAUUUGGCGAAUUUUAUUGAUUUCUGAUUUCCGUCUAUAUCCAGGCGACACAAACGUCUGUGAAAUCAUCAUCGCGGAGAUCUGUUAGAGAAACAUCCCUAAUCUUUCAUGCGCUUUCGUGUCGUUUGGGUGUAGCGUUACCUGUAUGUUACAUGGUAUUCAUUGUUUCCGUCGUCGUGUAGUUUGUCGACCAAUGAUGCGCGCAAAAUGUAUUCGCGAAUGAAGAACGAUUUCAAAUAAUGGCGGAUACACUUAUGCGUUGCAAAAUACGUACAGAAACAUUUUUUUUCGCGAGAGACGGUCGUGAGGAUCUUGUGCACGCUAUUCGCGUCGACGGAUAUGCAUAUUCAAAAUCGUUGCUCGCGAAUACAAUUUGUUCCAGACAUGUCACUACUGACACGCGGUAGUCGUACCUUCUGUCCUGGUACCGGCAGGAGGAUUCCGCCCAAGCUAAUUAUGGUAUAUAUCACCACGAUGAUCGUCUUUAAUUGUCUCACUGUCCUACCACGUCCCGUUUGUGAAGUAGCGUUUGCCACGCCACGAAAACCUGAGUGUGUCGAGUCUUCGUAAAAUUUGCAUAAUACCUUUUUUUUGUGUAAACGAAAAAAUCUGAGAGAUCGAGAAGUUCUGGUACCCUCGAGGUACGAAACAUCCGAUUGGUCAGGAUUAGUUGUUUAAGGGAAUAAUAAAGAGAGAAAGAGAGAGUGUAUGCGUGAGUGUGGUGCCAAGUGGAGAGAGACAAACACGCGGUUACGUUACGGCGGACGCGCGCGCAUUUAUAUAUUUGCAGCACUUCUACGACCGAGUAGCGAAAUGAAAGUGAAAUAAGCGAGAGAGGCGAUCAAAUGCCGAUUCGAUUCCGAAGUCGCCGUAAUUUUUCUAUUUUUUUUUCCACCCCUCCAUUCGAUUUUCGUAAGGGAGAGGAACCCAGCGGACACGCGAGAUGCUGCUAUCGAUCGAAACGCCGUCACCCGUGCGUUUUCCGCUUUUUCUAUUACACCGCAAUCCGCGUCCGUUGGGACAAAAGCCCGUGGCGACUCUUCGGGCCGCGUUGUUUAACGUAAUCACCCUCCGUUGUCUAACGUAACCGCGCGUUCCCACGAAAAAAACACGGUAGAAAGAAAUAAAAAAAAAGAAAAAAGAAAUCCAAGAGAGACGGCCUCUCGAGACGGCGGAAGGGAGAGAGAAAGAGAGGCGCGGAACAAGCAAAAAUUUCAAGCGGCGCGCCGAACGGGCGUGCGAUCGUAACUGCAAAAAAAGAACAAUGCAUGUGUUAACAGUGAAUAUCAGAGUUAAAACGAAAACCAAAGCCGUGAGAACAAAAUCGAAAGAAAACGAAUCACGAGCGAAUCCAGUAGCUAAACUUCACACGCGGUUACAAGGAAAAGAAAAGCGAAGGAAAGAAAGGGAAAAAAAAGGGAAAAGUCAGCGUGUGCGGUAACCGAGAAAAUCAGUUUGUGUACUUCGUCGUUCGGAUUUAUCACCGUCGUCGAGACAUCUCGACGCGGCCGUCAGUCAAUCGCGAUCGCGUACGUGUUCGUUGCGAAAAAGUUGAAAGACGGCUUACGAUCGGGCGGACGCGGAAAAUUCGCGGGUAGGAGAGUAGCUUGAAUCCGCGGCACGCAUCGCGCGCGCGGUCCAUUAGCUCGUUCGAACAUUCUCGCGGGACUCCGUGCGCGUUUUUCUUGGAGAAGCGGAAAGGAUCUCCCGGCGAGCCCGGUGCUUCGUAUGUUAAAUAUCCUUCCCGAUCGGGAGGCAAGCUUGCAUCCUGUCGAGAUUCUUUAACAUACGAAGCGUUCGAUAUCGCGAGCACGCGAUUGUUUUCGCGUUCUCCACAAAUGCACCCGCGAAUUAACGGACCGCGUUUGCGAGAUUUCGCGAUUUGUCAUUGUCGAUGGUUCUUCGGUUCUCGUCACCGUGGGGGGUGACGGGAACGGAGACUCGAGUCGCCGCCGGAUAGGAGGGUGAACGAAAAAUUCGUCCUUUUCCGCUGGAGAGAGGAGAUCCUUCGGGAAGGAAGGACGAGCCGUGGCUGUGCGCGAUCCUUCCCGCUCGAAACUUCCGUCGUGAAUUCGCGUCGUGUCCAUCGGGUAAAAACAAUCGCAAUAAAAAGGGAUAUCACGUCGCGACAGUCAAUUAGAUCCGAUUCGAGUUUCACGCGAAUAAAGGCGAUACUCGACUGUAUAUAUACACGAUAUAUAUAUAUAUAUAUAUAUAUAUAUAUAUAUAUAUACAAUAUAUAUCGCGUAUAUAUACAAUAUAUAUCGCGAAGAGAGACAGCGACGUGGAUGAGAAGCAAAAGAGAAGAGCAAGAGAAAAAGAAGCGAAAUCCCGAUCGAGGAGACGUUCAACUCUUUCGAGAGAUAAAGAGAAAAAAAAAGAAUAAAUAAGAGAAAAUCUAUCAAAAGACCUCGAUGGACGCCGGGCACGACGUCGUCGUCGUCGUCGUCCGAGCGUGUCCCGAGAUACAGUCGUCCGUCGACUGACCUUCCCCUCCCCAAUGAAUUUUGUACCGAAACGUGAAACUCUAAAUGCUAAUUUCAUAUACGGAAUUUAAUUUUUUCACGAGAAACAUGUGCAUUAUAAAAAAUAAAUCUACCAAAAAAAUCGCAAAAGUCACAAAUCGAA